CCAAUGACUCAUUGAGUGCCCGGAUGUCGUAUUUCUAAGCAACAUGGCGUCGCGGAGAUAUAGCAGACAUUGCAUCGCGAGCAGAUAAAGUGCAUGGCUUGGGAUUACUAGCUUAUUUUGUGCCAUGACGGAGACGACAAGCACAAUUUAUGGACUACAUCUUAUUUUUAUGGAUCUAAUUUGACGUUUCAUUUAGAAAACUUUCAUUUAUAACUGCUAAUUGAGAGCGAAAAUGGCAACAGACAAAGUCAAAGUCGCAGUGCGUGUAAGACCUAUGAAUAGACGAGAGGUUGAUCUGGCUGCAAAAUGUAUUGUAAAUAUGGAUACCACACAAACUGUAUUGUUUCAUCCAAAAGACAGAAACGAAGAUAAAGAACAAACGCCUGAUAAAAGGUAUGACAUUGAUUUCAGCAUUCAAGCAGUUCCCAAAGUACGCUCUCCUUCACAGGAUAUCGGUGAAUCAGGUGGGCGCAAAGCUCCAAAGACUUUUGCAUUUGAUCAUUGUUUUUGGUCAAUGGAUGAGAAGGAUCCUAAAUUUGUUUGCCAAGCAAAAGUGUUUGAAUGUCUAGGACGAGAUAUUUUGAAGCUGGCAUACGAGGGUUAUAAUGGCUGUAUUUUUGCCUAUGGACAAACAGGUUCUGGCAAAUCAUAUACUAUGAUGGGAACAGCAGACGAGAAAGGAAUAAUACCUCGUUUGUGUGAUGCCCUUUUUGAGAAAAUAGCCACAAAUGAUGACCCUGAUUUGACCUACAAAGUAGAAGUAUCAUAUAUGGAAAUAUAUAACGAGAAAGUUCAUGAUCUUCUGGAUCCAAAAGGUGGCAAACAAAACCUACGGGUUCGAGAACACAACAUCCUUGGCCCCUAUGUCGAUGGACUUUCAACACUAGUUGUAUCAUCAUUUGAGGAUAUUGACAACUUGAUGAAUGAAGGUAACAAAUCCAGAACUGUAGCAGCAACUAACAUGAAUAGUGAGAGCAGCCGCUCUCAUGCUGUCUUUAACAUAAUUGUCACUCAGACACUUGUUGACAGUGGGUCAAUGGUGAAGGGUGAAAAGGUCAGUAAGCUAAGUUUAGUCGAUUUAGCUGGAAGUGAACGAGCUCAAAAAACCGGUGCUGUUGGUGAACGCUUAAAAGAAGGUAGCAACAUCAACAAAUCCUUAACAACACUUGGUCUAGUUAUAUCAGCUUUAGCUGACCAAGCUGCUGGGAAGAACAAGAAUAAAUUUGUACCAUACCGAGACUCUGUCCUGACAUGGCUUCUAAAGGACAACCUUGGUGGUAACAGCAAAACUGUGAUGGUAGCUACUGUGAGCCCAGCGGCAGAUAACUAUGAGGAAACACUUUCCACUUUGCGUUAUGCUGACCGUGCAAAGAGAAUUAUAAACCAUGCUGUGGUAAACGAAGACCCCAAUGCUCGUAUUAUUCGGGAGCUCAGAGAAGAAGUUGUUGUAUUACGUAACCAACUCAGCGAAGCUCAGAGCAUGAAAGCACCUGACCUGAAAGAUCGUCUUGAAGAAUCUGAAAAACUUAUCAAAGAAAUGACAAAGACCUGGGAAGAGAAGUUAGCUGAAACUGAAAAAAUACAUCAAGAAAGACACAAGGCUUUGGAAAAUAUGGGAAUAUCUGUCCAGACUUCUGGAAUCAAAGUUGAACAGAGCCGUUUUUAUUUAGUCAACCUAAACGCUGAUCCUUCUCUCAAUGAACUUUUGGUCUAUUACUUAAAAGAGCAUACACUGGUUGGCCGCACCGAUGCUGCUGUUCAACAAGAUAUUCACCUCAGUGGCCUGGGAAUCAUGCCAGAGCACUGUAUUGUGGACUUUGAAGGCAAUGACGUCUACCUCACACCUCUUGAAGGAGCCAGAACCUGUGUCAAUGGCUCUGUGAUACAUCAGAAAACUAAAGUCAGAAAUGGCGACCGAAUUCUCUGGGGGAAUAACCAUUUUUUCCGGAUAAAUCUACCAAGACCCAACAAUACCUUGCCUCCAUUAGUUUCUGAGCCUGAACAACAUAUUGACUACGAUUUUGCCCAGCAGGAAUUAAUGAUGAAGGAACUUAGCAAUGACCCCAUCCAAGAAGCUAUUUGUGCCAUUGAAAAACAAUACGAAGAAGACAAACAGGAGGCUCUUGAACGGCAGAAGCAAAUGUAUGAAAGGCAAAUGCAAAUGCUGCGCAGCCAGUUAGUAUCACCAAGUACACCUUCAUUUCCAUUCCCCUCAUUUGACCUGAACCGAAUGACACCAGGCAACUCUACACAGAGCAGUAUACAACGCAAGUACCAACAGUGGGCACAAGAAAGAUGUCUUUCACCAAGACAUGACAUUGUGAAAGAAAAACUAUUCAAGCAGAGCUUGGCGAAACUUCGAGAAGAAGUAAUCAAGGCAAACACUUUGGUGAGAGAAGCCAACGACUUGGCGCAAGAAAUGGGUAGACAGACUGAAUUCCAUGUCACCCUUCAGAUCCCUGCUGCCAAUCUCAGCCCAAACAGACGUAGAGGAGCAUUUGUAAGCGAGCCAGCAAUUUUAGUGAAGAGAAAAUAUCACAACAGCCAGAUCUGGUCAAUGGAGAAAUUUGAGAACAAAAUUAUUGAUAUGCGGGAGUUGUAUGAUGAAAACAAAACUUUGGCACAUCCAUUGAUGGUACUAGAAGAAUCUGAUGAUUACUCGAAAUGCAACCAAACAAAAAGUUCCACACAUUCAGUUGAGAGUCAGGCAAGCAAAGACGGAAAUGCUCCUAAAGGUGAUCCAUUUUAUGAAUCCCAAGAAAACCACAACUUGAUUGGUGUUGCAAAUGUCUUCCUGGAAUGCCUUUUCUAUGAUGUCAAGUUAGACUAUCAUGUACCUAUUAUUAGUCAACAAGGAGAGAUUGCUGGAAAACUCCAUGUUGAGAUCUCGAAACUAGGUGGUUCACUUAUUGACAAGUAUUCAGAUGUUAGUUCCGAGGGAAGCGAUUAUGAACCAAAACGGUCUUCUUUACCAUUUGAUUCAUUUGAUGAAGACAGCAAUUUAGCUAUUGGAGCACCACUCUAUGUUCGGAUAUCUAUUCGAGAAGCACGAGGACUUCCAGCAGCUCUUUCGAACUUUGUCUUUUGUCAAUAUUCUUUUUGGGGUCAAUUGGAACCAAUCGUUGUAGCUCCUUUGGUAAACCCAGAAUACUGUGAUCCUGAUCGAGAAGACGGUGCAACAGUAACAUUCUCCCAUACUAAGGACUUUAAAGUUUGUGUGACUGAAGAAUUCAUUGAACAUGCCUCCGAAGGAGCCCUUUCCAUUGAGGUUUGGGGCCAUCGAAGUCCUGGCUUCAGCAACAAUAAUACCUGGGAUCCUGAUAACAGGCAAGCUAGAUCUCGUUCUUUAUUAGACAGGUGGAAUGAGGUAAUGCGAAAAAUUGAAUUCUGGGUUGAAGUUCAUGAACUUAAUGAACAGGGAGAAUAUACUCCAGUUGAAGUUGUGCCGAAGCCAGAAGUGCCUUCUGCUGGAGUCUUUCAACUUCGACAGGGUCACUCCAGACGUGUGAUGGUUCGUGUAAAACCAGUGGCCAAUUCUGGAACCUUACCACUGAUCUGCGAAUCUAUUGUCUCUAUUUCGAUUGGAUGUAUUUGUGUCCGCUCUAAGCUACAAAAAGGCUUAGACAGCUACCAAGAAGAAGACCUCAAUUUACUUGGAGAGCGUUGGUCUGAUGCUCUAAUGCGACGCAAGGCUUACCUUGCCGAACAGUUUCAGAAGCUUAUUAACAAACAAGAUAAGAAUGAAGCUGAAGUCGACCGAGAGACAUCUCUAGUUGAACAAUGGAUUGGACUUACUGAAGAAAGAAACGCUGUGCUGGUCCCUGCUGCUGGAAGUGGCAUACCAGGGGCACCAGCUGACAGUGAAACUCUUCCGGACAUGGAGCAGCACGUACCUGUAUUAUUCCUCGAUCUGAAUGCUGAUGAUAUGAGCACACCUAGUGCCAAGGAAGGCUUACAAGCUGCUGGAAUCAACUCCAUUCUCCCCAAAGAACAUGGGGCGAAAUUUUACAGUUUACCAAUCAUUAAGACAUAUGGAGAAAAAGAUAUUUGUGCAAUUGCAUCUUGGGAUUCCUCCAUCCACGAUUCGCAAUAUUUAAACAGAGUGACACCUUCAAAUGAGCGUGUCUACUUAAUUUUGAAAGCAAUUGUCAGACUAAGUCACCCAGCUUCAAUGGAGCUGGUUUUGCGCAAAAGACUUUGCAUUAACAUAUACAAGAAACAAGGACUAACAAGUAUCACAGACAAGCUUAAGAAAAGGAUCACAAGAUCUGAUUUAUUCUUAGGCAGUGGUGUGACUUAUGAAGUUGUGUCUAAUAUCCCAAAAGCAUCUGAAGAUCUAGAGAACAUGGAAACUCUUGCUCAGAUGGCAGCAUCUCAAAAUGAAACCAAUGCUGCUGAUGGAGAAACAUAUAUCGAAAAAUACAUCAAAGGUGUGUCUGCUGUGGAAAGUAUUCUCACACUGGAUAGAUUGCGACAGGAAGUUGCUGUAAAAGAGCUAUUAUCAGCGUCUGGCCGUUCCCUGCGUAAGACCACGAGUGUGCCAAACAUCCACCAGGCUAUGGUGUCUUCUCCUCCUCGAAUUGAUGACCAGCUACGUGCUGACAGCAUCCAAGAUCUCUCAUUCCAAGAACUGUACACGUCAUCCUCUUCCCACAAAUCUGGCAACAGCUCCUACGCUGGUGAGUCAAUGAUGAGAAAGCGAGCCUUUUCUGAGGUUGGGGCAAACAUAGCAAAUGCUGCUAAGGAAGGCGGUCUCUUGACAAGGAGGCGUUCAGUCGGCUUAGCCCGUCCGAACUUUUUGAAUUUACGCAGUAACACCCAGAGUAACACUGCUAAGCGUACGUUUAAACUUCUCUCUCAUUUCUUUCACCAUGACGCUCUGCUAGGACAACUUGGACAGUGGAUAUCUAAACCCCCAGAACCAACACCAAAAUCCACAAUUAGCCCCCAUGCGUCGAAAGCAGUAAAACCGUUGAGAACUCUCCAAGAAGAGCAACAGCAACGAGAACGGAAGCCUCUUCUACAGCAGGACACCGAAGAGGAUUUUGAUGAGGAUUUUGAUAUGGCACACAAGCACAGUAUUUUUAACAAGGAUCCCAAUAGUGUUGAUAGUGAUGAUUUUCAGGAAUUCGAGUCUUAUCAGAGCCAGCAUUCAUCUCCUUUUGCUGAAAAGUUUGUGGCUCAGAGGCCCACAACUAUAUCCCAUUCUGUGACUGCUGAUAGUUUGAUGGAGAUUCAAACAAAAAGUUUUACUCCCAGCAUGACUUCUAGUGGCUAUGGUUCACAAGCAGUUUCCACCCUCACCUUAUCAUCAGAGGAUUCUGUUAGUAUUCGGAGUAUCAACCUUGAUGAAGCCUCGGCUGAAGGGAAGAACAGUCCUCCAAAAACAUUUCCAACUCCACUUAGUGACCAAGGGCUGGAAAGUAUUCCAGAUAAGGCCCCCAUGAAAAGCUUUUCCCUUGAUUCCAUUGCUGAUCAAGCCGUGUCUGCUGCUCGUUUGGCUGAUUUAAUUAAUGGUAAUAUCGUCUCUGACAACAAUGAACAGGAUGAAUCUGACUUUUCAUACAUGCUAAAUCAAAGCAAUGAUUUCAGUGAUACUUUGCAAUCAACAGUGGACAACCACAGAUCUUCAAAGUCCACUUUAAUGGAUCUGGAUAGCUCCUCAGUCAAUGAGACUACAAUGAAUCCAGCCUCUCAUCCAUGUCAGGAUCAAGAUCAGGAAUACAGUUUCAAGGAGGAAGAUUACAACAGCCAGGUACUUGCAAAUGCAACCAAAAACUUAAAUCUAUCAUCUAAUUUUAACGAUACUUCUGAAAUGCUACAUUCACGCAGAUCACCAUUGGAAGGUAGCAACAGUUUGCAUGAUAUGGACUACGAGAUGUCCUCUCCUCAGGGCCAAAGUACACCUCUUAAAAAGACCCAAUCAGUUGAUGAUAAUGAACUAGACUCCAGUACCUCCCUCUCACAUAGCUGUGACUGGGGAGAUUCAUACAAUGAGACAACUGAGGAUGAUCUCAAUAAAAUAUGUAAUACUCUCCACAAUAUGGACACAGAUAACAAGCAAUGCAAGCAAGCUGCUGCCAAAGGUAAUUCCAACCAACCUGUCAACAGAAAACUACUUACCGAUUCCUCUACAAAUAUCAAUAGCAACAUGACUGACAAUCCAAAGAAGAGCACAUCAAAAAGUGAAUCUAAAUCCUACUCUGCAAAUAGCCUUGAACGCAAGAAUAACUCUGAUAAACGGACUGUAGAGGGACAUCUAAAGAGGAAUCUUAGUCAUGGUUCUGCACAUAAAAGACGCCCAGUUUCAUGCUCUCUGCCUAGUGGCAGUGAAAUAACAACAUCAUGCUCCAUGAAAGACCUUUCUUAUCAAAACAUGAAUAUGUCUACAUCAAACGAGACUCUGUCAGGUGGAGAAGACAGUAUGAGUUUAUGUUCGUUUGGAAGCCGUGCUGACCUGGACCGUCUCCAUGAAGGCCCACUACCCACUUGGAUCCAACAAGGAGAAGGUGUAAUCGUCACGUCCUCUAAGGGAUACUCUAAACCUGGAGUUGUUCAGUUUAUUGGUACUGUUCACUUUGCUAGUGGAAUUUGGAUUGGAGUCGAACUAGACAAUCCUGAAGGUAAAAACGAUGGCUCAGUCAAUGGUUCUCGUUAUUUCAAGUGUCGUUCAAAACAUGGAAUUUUCGUGCGACAUGAUAAACUAAUCUGGGACAAACGGCGUCGUAGCACAAAAAAAAAUCAGUCAGGUUUGAGCAGCUACCAUGCUAGCAACCGGCGAAGUCUCGGCAGCUUAACAGCUGUCACUGGUUCCAUUCCACUGUCACGUUCCAGCUCAAAUCUCUCUGCUGCUGCUGUUGCUGUCUCAGUUGGUACUGGCAAUGGAACCACUUCUUCAUCUUUGCCAUCUACGGCUGGCACAUCGCCAUCUUCGUUCAUGCGGCCAACUUCUGCAAGUUCUGCCAAGCGAAAAUAACCAUCUUCUUCCCUGUUUUUUUCGGCUCCUCCCCAUUUCACCUUUGUCUAACUUACCCAGUUCUUUAUAUUAUACAAAAUAUAACAUGUCUGUCACCAUCAAGUGUGCCAUAAUGCUAUUUAAAACUACCAAACUACCAAACAAACCAACCACCAUGCCAGCAGCAAUGAUGAUGAUGAUGAUGACGACGAUGACAACGACGACAACAACAACAACAUCUGCAACUACAGUGAUAGUUAUUUCAAUUGUGUUUACUUUCACACCUGACGAGUGAGGUAAACGACAGUGAAUAACCUGAUUGUCGGGAUUUUAGAAUGAUUUAUAUUAUUACAUGGGGAGGUUGCAUUGAUCGCAGGAAGGAAGGUAGUAUUGCCUCUCCCUUACUCACUUCUCUGCUCUUGGCUUUAGAAGAAGUGAAAGACAUGGACCAAAUAACUUAAAUUAGCAGACACGCUUACCUUCUCUCUCUCUCCCUCUCUGUCACUUUCACUCAAAUGAUUAUCUUCUUUCUAAUUUUUUUUCCCCAAUAUUUAUUUUUUAAAUUAGAUUCAUCAGGUGGCUCUGUUAUUGUUGUUGUUAAUAUUGCUGUUUUCUUCCCACUGGGCUCUUUCUCUCCCUUCACAUAAUCAUCAUAGAAGGCUAAUCAUACGAUGUGAUUCUAUUAAUUCCCUUUCCAAAGAGAGUGUUUUUGUUUGUUUUUUUUUCUGUUGUUGUUGCUGUUUUAUUAUUAUUAUUAUUAUCAAUAUUUAAAAAAUAUUAUUACUAUCAUUAUUAUUAUUGAGUUCUUGCUUUUAUGUGCAGGAGCAAAGGGCCUCCCUGAACCUUACCCUUAUCACACAAUUCUAACUUAUCUUUUGAAUUAUUUACAUGGGGGUAUGGAAAUUAUGAAGGAAAGGAGGGGGGACAUAUUAUUUUGAGUACAUUGGCAUGAAUGUAUGUGUGUUUCAUUUUAAUAUAUACUAACACUAUAAAACGGUAAAAGAACUGUCAUUGUUGAUGAAAAAACAAUUUCUUUUUUUAGUUAACUGAAGUGGAAAAAGCAAAACGCAUUAGAAACUUAGGUCUUUUGUUUCGUCUUGUUUGGUUUUUUCCACCCUUUGUUUCAUUUUCGUCACAGAUAUUUCAUAAUGUUAUUGAGCUUAUUAUAUACGUAGGCUUCCUCCCAUUCCCGACUCUUAUGUUUUCAUAACUGUUUUUUCACCCCCUUCAUAUUCUUGUUACUUUUAAGCUUACCCCCCCCACAAAACAAAUCUUGGACUCAGUUGUACAGCUGGCCAAGUCCGGAUGGUUGUACAACUGCAGAAGACAUAUCAUUUUGCUCAUAUAUAUAUAUAUAUCUAUGUAUAUGCUGAUUUGUAAUAUUUAGCAGCUAGUCACGUUUUUUUCAUUUUUUUUUUUCUUCCGAAAUUUGUUACUGAUAGCAACUAUUAUAGAUGAACAAUUUUUUUGUGUUGCUUAUCAUCAUCAUCAUUACCAACCAAGCUGGUAUUUAGUUCGUUUUCUGUUUGUUUGUUUUUCGUUUUUAUUGUUUUCGUUUACUGUUCUUUCAACUUCUAAGCUAUGUAUUAUAAAUUGACCAAUCUCUUUCUUAAUCUAUUUCCAUAAAACGGUCCCCUCAGCUGUUUCCUUCGACUUGUUGUUUGAUACCUUCUACAACAGAAAGGAUCAAAUUUGUAUAAAAGACCAGCUGUGCUGCUGCUGCUGAUGUUGAUGACCACCAAGGUGACAUAUUUCCCUAACUAAGAACUCUCAGAACAUCCAUCUCCUUUCAUUAAUUCCUAUUUAUCAUUUGUAGAGCAUUACUACUGAGAGCUCAGUUUUGGCUUGUCUUUCAAAUGGAAAACAAUAUUCCCUCAUUGGCUUAGGGCUCAUGUGUUGUACACUGAGACUAGCUUUUAUAGCUAUUUGAUAGACUCAUAAAUUUAUAUAUGUAUAUGUAUGUUUGCAUAUGUAUGUAUGUAUAUAUUAUACACAUACACACACACAUGUAUGACUACAUACAGAAUCCCCUGCCCCCAACUACUACUACCACCACCACCAAAUUUGUUUUUAGUAAAUACAUAUGUAAAUACGUAUCUACAUUCCAAUUGCACCUUUUUUUUCAUGUGUGCUAGUAUAUAUGAAUAUUACAUGCCGGCACACCAACCUUCAAUGGCAAUCUCCCUUUGCACUCACUCACUCACUCAAUAUAGCUUUUAACCCCUUAACUAUCUGAGGAUCUCUCAACUUUAUUUCUUCAACUAGAUUAGACUCUAACCAAUAUAAGAUCUAUCUUCUGAAAAAAUCCCUCAUCAAUUUAAAAUUGUUUCAACUGCCCUGAGGGUAGUAGUAAACUUUAUAUGAUUAUAAUCUUGCGAUUGUUAUUUUUGUUUCAAUUCCAAGUUAAUUACCCCUUUUUUUAAAAAAAAAGAGCAUUAAUAAUUAUUAAUUAUGAAGAAAAAAAAUGCUUAUUUUAUUUGAGAUUGGAACAGCUCAUCAAAUAUAUAUGAUAUAUAUAAAUAUAAUAUAUAUAAUAUAAAACAUACCUGGAAUUGAGUUAUUCUUUAAAAAAAUACAUUCAUUAAAACCAUGAGUUUUCUAAUACAAAAAUAUUCACAUCUGUUGAGAACUAAUUACAAAAUAAUCAAACAAUUAGAAAAUUCAUUUAUCAAAUGAUAUAAAAAAAACUGUCUAGAACAGAGAGAAUUCCCUUCAUGUUAAUUUUAUUUUGCUAUUAUUUUGAGCCCCAAAUUACAGUAGCCUUCUCAGGAACUGUACGUAGUCACUGCUGACUGGAGCUUUGUCCAUGUCUGUUCAACUGUUUGCUCAUCUCAAAGAAAAUCUACUUAGCAUGCACAAUUCACCAGAAAGUUAAAUUUUUCUAUGUACAUAUGUAUGUAUGGACGGAUGGAUAGGAUGGGUAGGGUGUACUACAUAGUUGUAGGAGAGGUCAAAUAAGUUAAUAACAUACUACUUGACUCUAUAAACUACCUUUAAAAAAAAUAGGCAAAUUUUAACUUUAUGCUUUUGUUAUUAUUUUUAAUGAUAAUAAGAAGGAGGCGGUGAGCUGGCAGAAAUAGCAUGCCAGAUUAAAUGCCUGAUAAAAUCUCAUCUCACCUUUCUAUAUUCAGAGUUCAAUUCCCACCACGAAUAUACUUUGCUGUAUAUUCCCUCUUUGGGAAUCAAUAAGUACCAGUUAUAAACUGGUUUCUUCAAUUGCCUAUAUUUUCCUCCCCUACAAAAUUGGCCCAAAUACCUAAGUAAGAAAUCAUUAUUAAUGAUAAUUAAGCUGACAAUGGUAGUAAUUUAUUAUCAUUGUGAUUGAGCAAUUUAUAAUCUUAUUGAACAAAAAUUUAAAUUAAUAUUUCUGUAUUCUGAAAUUUUUGACAAUAUAUUCACCGCUAAUUUCCUCUAAACCACAUGGAUUUCGUUUUGUGACACAAAUAAGCAAGAUUUAGAUUCUACAAGCUUCCAAUUUCUGCUAGAUUCUGUUUGAAUGUUGGUGUGAUUUUAAUUUGGAUUAAAGAUGAACAGGUUUAAAAUAAGAUAACUUUAAGGAUAAUCUUUUGAUGUUGUAUUUAUUAUUUUUAAAAUUCUUGAAAAGAGAAAUGUAAAUUGUGGAAUUUGUUGUUGAUUCUUUUCUCCGGUUAGAAAACUGUAUUUAAUUUACUUUUAGACGAUACACCGAAAUCUCUCUUAGCACAUAUCAUAAACUCAAUUAAACAUGAAUAGUGUUGUAACAUUUAAAGUUUAGUUUUUUGAAGUUAUUUAUUAUAAAACUUUCAUCUUUCGCUAACACUCAACUCUUUGUCUAUUUAAAAUUCUCAAUGAUUUUUUUUUUCCUUUUUGAUAAUAAGACUUGUUUAUUUGAGUGAUUAUUAAUGGGACCAAAACAAGCUUAGCUAAGGCUUCUCCUAUUACCUGUAUAGUUAGCUUAUCAACAACUCAACAUUUGACUGCAGAAACCUUACACUUUACCAGAAACUAAUUUACUCAAUGAAAAUAAGACAUUUUUAAUAAUAGAAAAUCUAUUUAUUUGAUUAGAUUAUAUAAUUGCUUUCAAACCAUCAUCAUCUCUGUAAGCUCCUUACAAAACAUAGAAUGGUUUAGUCUAAUAGGGUAAUUGAUGAGACUGAAAUUUUUUAUUUUACCAAUGAAAUACAGUAAGCUAAAAAAUCUGUAAAAGUCUGUGUUGGCUUUCCUUUUUCUCUUGUGUUUCAAGAAUUGGCAUAUUUAUUUCUUCUCUAACAGCUACAUAGUAUUUAAUAAUGUGCUUUGGACUGGGAACCAAAUUAUAUUUUUUAUUUGUUCGAAGAUAGUGAAAGCAAAGCAAAGAAUGGACUGCCAUAUACAAUUGAAGCUUCUAGCAAUUUCAGUUCUUAUAAAGUUAUUUGGUUCCUGUUUUAAUCUUGAACAUAUAAAUUUAUCUUUGCAAACUAGGUUCUGUGCAUUCAAUCAAGCAGCAUUUCUGGUAAGACCUGAAUACAAUAGCUUUUAAUUCUAAAAUUAUUGUUUAAAAGUAUUGACUGUAUAAACUCUUUAAACUAAAAAUGCUUUUUAGCUUUAAAAAUAAUCUAUAAUUUUCACCUGCCCAUUGCAUCAAGGUAAGAAGCUUUAUCAGUAAUUUGAUAAUUUCAGUAUUAAAGAAAGGUGUCCUAUCUUGCAUUAAAGUUGAUACAAGUAAAUCAAUUGUUUGGCUGUGUGUGUAUGUGUGAGUAUAUUGGUUCCGAUAAGACAGAUGCCAAUAUUACUCUUCUCUCUCUCUCUCUCUCAAUGUAAUUUCCACAGCAGAGCAACCUACACAUGUACAUAGACAUUGGUUGUGAGACUGUGAUCAUGCUGCAGCAAGGACCAAAAGCAGCCUGCUGUGUAAUUGUGAUCUUCCUAAGGUAUAAAACUGAAUCAGAUGCAUGCUCUUUAAAGGUACCAGCUCUUAAGCAGUUAAUCUUAGCUUCAGCAAGAAAUUAGUUCCACUGUCGAAAUGAUGGGAAGCAGUUUUAUUUAUUUAUUUAUUUGAAAGGGAGAUCAUUAUUUAUUUAUUUACUUAUUUAUUUCAAUUUAUUUAUUUUGCUUAAUAUUUUCUCCCAACUGCUUCCGUUUUUCUGUAGCAACGCACCCACAUCAGUUAUAUAUUAUAUAUGUCCAGCACUCCCCACCCUUUUGAUUUUUUUUCCCUUUUUUUUUUUUUUUUUUUUUUUUUUUUUGUAAGUAAAAUAUUUGGCUGACUCUCAAGCAGAAAUGUUCUGCUCAGCAAAUGAUGUGUUUGGCAUCAAAUUCAGACAGCUGUUUCAUUUGCUUACGUGUUAAGAUUAAAAUUGUGUUGUAAAACUUACAUUUGUGUGAUUCAAUAAAUAGUUAGAUGUUCCCAGAGAUCUACUUGUGACUACACCUGCCAUAGUUUUCAUCUCCAUGGCAAGUUUACUCUCCUCCCCCACCCCACCCCCACUCCACUUCAUUUUAUAUAACAGUGAGUGUUGUUUUUGUGGCCAUUGUAUAUAAGUGAUAUGAUCUGUGAUCCUCUGCCUUCUACGAAGGUUGUACUAGUUCAUGUAGGAGAUUGUAAGAACUUUCAUUUCAGAAUGGCUCCUUUCUCUUGCAGCUUCUGUCAGUUUAAAGAAAAAAAAAGAAAAAAACUUUCCUGAGACUUUUCUGCAUCAAAGAAGUCUUUGUUCUAAUUAAAAUUGCUUAGUUAAAAUAUUAAUUUUUUAAUUUUUUUUUUACCUUUAGACAGUCUAAAUUUCCAGGCAGAUUCUGUAAUUGUGAUCGUUUCUCCACCCCCUGACCCCCUCGCAAGACCUUCAUGACAUAGUACAACUUAAGGCCAAUGCAACACUGAUAGAGAAGAAACUCAACAAAAACUGAUGCUACUUCAAAGGACUUUGUUUUGCACCUUUUGUUUAUCUAAUAAUUAAUGAGAAUAGACAAAUUUGGUUCCAAACCCAGGCCACAGAUCUCAACAUCUCAAAAAAAAAAAAACAACAAAAUUAAAUAAAAAGUCUAGGCUCUACUUCAUAUUUGACUUUAACCUUUAACAAAACCCUUCAUCUUUGAUUGUUCAGUUUCCUUGUAUCCCUUUAUUAAAUCUGGUUUAAAAAACAAAGUUGUUCAAAAAUGUGAAUAAAUUGCUCACUUAGAGAUUGUUGUA